CCCCCCCCCUCCUCGGGCCGCCGCCGCCGGGCGGAGGGAGCGCCAGGCCCGGCCCGCCCGCUCCGCGCACCGCUCCCGCCCCGGCCCGGCCCGGCCCCGGCCCCGGGAGGGAGGCAGGGAGGGCGGGCGGGCGGCGCUGCCGCCGCCGCCGCCGAACAUGGCGAGCCGCCGCCGAGCCCCGCGGCGGAGCGGCGGGGUGUGCUGACCCGGCCCCGGUGGGCCCCUCCGUGCCGCGAGACCCCCCCCCGCGUGUCCUGUGCUAUGAGCGUUCGGCGUGACUUCUCCGUGAGCAGUUGCAAAUGAAAAUGGAGGAUAUGUCUUUGUCUGGCCUGGAUAACAGCAAACUGGAGGCCAUCGCGCACGAGAUCUACACGGACCUGGUGGAAGAUGCCUGCCUGGGCCUCUGCUUUGAAGUCCACCGGGCGGUCAAGUGCGGCUACUUCUUCUUGGACGACACGGACCCCGACAGCAUGAAGGACUUCGAGAUCGUGGACCAGCCCGGCGUGGACAUCUUCGGGCAGGUCUACAACCAGUGGAAGAACAAGGAGUGCGUGUGCCCCAACUGCAGCCGCAGCAUCGCCGCCUCCCGCUUCGCCCCCCACCUGGAGAAGUGCCUGGGCAUGGGCCGCAACAGCAGCCGCAUCGCCAACCGGAGGAUCGCGAGCAGCAACAACAUGAACAAGUCGGAGAGUGACCAGGAGGACAACGACGACAUCAACGACAACGACUGGUCCUACGGCUCUGAGAAGAAAGCAAAGAAGAGGAAAUCAGAUAAGAACCCCAACUCGCCCCGCAGGUCCAAGUCCCUGAAACACAAAAAUGGCGAGAUUGGUGGGAACCCCGAUCCCUUCAAGUACAGCAACUUGACGGGGAUCAACUACGAGACGCUGGGCCCCGAGGAGCUGCGGACGCUGCUCACCACGCAAUGCGGGGUGAUCUCCGAGCACACCAAGAAGAUGUGCACCAGGUCCCUGCGUUGUCCCCAGCACACAGAUGAGCAGCGGAGAUCGGUCCGGGUUUACCUCCUCGGUCCCUCUGCGUCCCUGCCCGAGGCGGAGGGCAGCGUGGAGAACGACAGCUUCGAGGUGGCGGAGAGCCAGGCCAUCAUGAGCCGGCUGCAGUGGGACGGCUCCUCCGACAUCUCGCCCUCAGACUCGGCCUCCUCAAAAGCCAGUACAAACAACUCUGAGUCCCGCAAGACCAAGAAGAAGAAGCCCCACUUGGGGCUGGUGAGUGGCGCCCCAGGGCUCGGCUCCAGCAAGAAGAAGAAGCCCAAACCCCCCGCGCCCCACACCCCCAGCAUCUACGACGACAUCAACUGAGCGCAGCGGAGCUGAGGGGGUGGGGGGGGAAUGGACGGACAGACAGACGGACACGGGCCAGGGCAGGCCCUCCCACCCCAGCUGGGGCAGCUCUGCGAUUCGGACACAAAGCGGGUACCCAGGGCGCGGAGGAUGGAGGACUUGGCCGUCGCUGCAGGGGGUAGGGGAGGGAGGGGGGCCUGGAUUUGGAAGCCCCCCCUUUCUCCACCCACCCCCCCACCCCGGAGCCUCUAUUUAUUCUGUGACAUAGUUUUUGUAUGUGGGGUUCCCAUCGGAGCUCUGAGGGGGUGUCUCACUUGGAGAUGGGGCACACAGCACCCCCUUCCCUUCCAACUGCCCCCCCCCCCAAAAAAAACCUGGCUCUGCCCCCUCCCACGCUCGCUCCUCCAGAGCACCCUUACCCCAGCAGGGCAGGGGGCACCGGGUGCUCCCAGGGCAGCCCUGGAGCGGGGCGAUGGGGGUGCAGAUCCCUCCUGCCCCAGCAGUUUUGGGGUCAGCCCCUGGCCUGGGGUUGCUCCCCCUCUCCGUGCCCUGGGCUGGCACUCGCUGGUCGGGCUGGCUCAAGGGGGGGUGCUUUUUCCUGCUCAGAGGAAACAAGCGGGGCCCCCCUCACAUCCUCAAUCUGCUGUAAGUGGCUGGAUUUGGCUGCCAGGGAGUGUCUGGGGCUCCGCAGGGCUUGCCCAGGCCCCGGGGGUCCUGGAGGGGGGUGGUCUGCAUGCUGCAUCCUUCAUGUUUGGGGCUGUUUGUGGGGGACAGAGGGGCUCUGGCCCCAGUUCAGGGUGGGGGGAAGCUGCUGUCACCUUCCCUGCUCCAAAUUGGCCUCUUGAGUGUGGAGAGGGGGGACAUCCUGUGUCCCUGGCUGGGCUGGGGGCAGCCGUACCCCACCCCACCCCCAGCGCAAACUGGGGGGGUGGGGGAACGUACCACCGCCCAGCUUCAAGGCAGAGCCCCCCCCCCAGGCUGGCAGCCCCAGGGCAGUGCUGUGUCCCUGCAUGUCUGGGGGCCUGCUGCUGCAGUCGGGGCGGAGGGGGUGGUCCUUUGGGGACCCCCCCCACCCUACCAGCUCUGGCUGGUGUUUGUACCCCCACAAGCUCCACGCUUAAGCUGGGGGAGGGGGACGGGCCCAGCGCCCCGCUGUGCGGGCCUGGGGAAGGGAGUCCCUCUGGCUGUUUUCUGUCACGGGGGGGUUGGGGGGGACAGGGUUGGCUCAGCCCCCACCAUUGUGGACUCCUGCUUCCCCCCCCCAGCUGUCUGACACCCCAAGGUCAGCUGUAGUGUCUGGGGUGGGGGCGAGCUGCUCCUGUCCCCCCCCCCUUGCUGUGAGGGUGGCCGGUCACUUCGGUGGGUCUCGCAAAUUAUGGUGCUCUCGCCUCUGGAUUCACUAUUGUUUUAAAACUGCUGCUAAAGGCUAGUGCUGUGGCAGGAGCUGGGGUGUCCCCACAGAGCCCUGGGCACCCCAAACUGCUGGGGGGGGGCUCCCCAGGUGCAUGGGGACCCCUAUGGUCCCUCCCUGCUGUGGCUGGCGGUAGCUCCUGGCACAGCUUUGGGGCUGGGGGGGCCCUGGCCACCAGAGCACGCCGAGCUGGCCUUCGCGUGCCCUGGGCGGGGCGGGGGGGGCGACCACCCUGGGUCCCCCCCUUCCCACCGCCUGGGGAGGGCACAGUGACCCAAAGGGACGACCCCAGCCCCUCCGGCUUCAGGAGAAGGGCCGCAAUUUGGGGUCCAAGGGGCGUAAUGGGGCUGGGGGGCCUGGAGGUGCCCUGUCACCCCCCUGGGGUCUGUGUCCUCACCCAUGUGGCAGAGCCAGUGGCCCCCCCCGCCCCACCCCGGGUCCCCCCUGGGCUUGAGACUUGUAUUUUUUGCGCACGUACUCCAUCCCGUACGGGUAGUUGAGCCGUUGUAAGGUCUGUGUGUCCCAUUAGUGGGUUGUGGCUGCCCCUGUAAAUAAAACUGCAUCUUGACUUGGUA